AAACUGGAGAGUUGCAUUACAACGUUACGUAUAUUGGGAGAGAGAAAGUAGAAUUAAAUACCAAAAUCCUGCGAUUAUAUUGCUGGUUUUCUAGGAUUCAACGAAAGAAUUGAAUCGGAUUCUUGAUAGAUUAUUGAAUACUGGACGGCUGGCCACUACCGCGUUGAAUCGUUGGUAGCUCCCUUUAUUUUCAUUGAAAUCAUUUUCAUUAUAUUUAAAAGGAGGACUCUUCUUGAACUGGAGAGUUGCAUUAUAGCGUUACGUAUAUCAGGAGAGAGAAAGUAGAAUUAAAUAGCAAAAUCCUGCGACUAUAUUGCUGUUUUUCUAGGAUUCAAAAAACGAAUUGAAUCGGAUUCGUGAUAAAUUAUUGAAUAUUGGACGGCUGGCAACCAUCGGGUUGAAUCAAGAAGAGAAAAUUCCAGAGAAGAAGUUUGGUCUCAGGAGAACUUACUUUGGCUGGAUACUGAUUUUAAUGAUUUGGAUUGUUCAGAACCUCGAAAAAUUGUUGAACUGACUGGUUCCCAAUUUUGGUAGGUUUUGGAGCGGCUAAACAGUAAUUUCUGUUUCCUUCUUUGUUAUUGUCUCGGCAAUACAUUGGGUAAACAUUUUUCCGUCCAGUUUUGGCGGAUGCCAAACAAAUUUGAUCGAGUUUGAAGUUUGGGGUUUUAAAUUAGAAAAGAUGGAUGGGAUGCAUAGAAUACUGAUGGAGGUUCUGACAACACCCCAAAGGGGCGGUGAAUCGGUGCUUGGGACUAUUAAGAUUGCUGUUUUACCAAUAGCAAAGGUUUUUACUAUGUGCUUUCUGGGGUUUCUCAUGGCCUCCAAAUAUGUUAACAUUUUGCCUGCUAAUGGAAGGAAGCUCUUAAAUGGGCUGGUUUUCUCGCUUUUGCUCCCAUGUUUGAUAUUCUCUCAACUUGGACGAGCAAUUACUUUUGAGAAAAUGAUUCAAUGGUGGUUUAUUCCUUUCAAUGUUGUUCUUGCCACCAUGUCAGGAUCCAUUAUAGGUCUCAUUGUAGCAUCGAUUGUCCGUCCUCCAUACCCAUUCUUCAAGUUUACCAUUAUACAUAUUGGCAUUGGAAAUAUUGGGAAUGUGCCACUUGUCUUGAUUGCUGCCUUAUGUCGGGAUAAAUCAAACCCUUUUGGGGACUCUGAUAAAUGUUCUGAAGAUGGAAAUGCCUACAUCUCAUUCGGCCAAUGGGUUGGUGCAAUUGUCCUUUACACCUACGUAUUUAAUAUGCUUGCGCCUCCUCCUGAAGGCACAUUUGACGUUGAAGAACAAAAUCUUCCCGUUAAGAAUCCUCCUAAAAAUAGCUUCAGUAACCCUGCAAAAGAUAGUUCCCCUGAGCAAGUUCCACUCCUCACAGAAGAGACUACAUCAACUAAUUCAAGUGUUACAAAGAAGGAGAAGAUUAAAGAUUUUCUGAAAUUUCUCUACGAAAAAUUGAAGCUCAAGCAAAUCAUUCAACCUCCUAUUAUUGCUUCUAUCCUCGCUAUCUUUAUAGGAUGUGUUCCAUUUUUGAAGAAAUUAAUCUUCACGUCAGAUGCUCCGCUCUACUUUUUCACUGAUAGCUGCUUGAUUCUUGGGGAAGCAAUGAUUCCUUGCAUAUUGUUGGCAUUAGGAGGCAACCUUGUAGAGGGACCGGGAAGUUCAAAACUCGGUGCACGGACAACAGCUGCCAUUGUGUUUGGGCGACUAGUUUUGGUUCCUCCAGUUGGUCUUGGCAUUGUCACACUGGCUGAUAAGCUUGGCUUCCUGCCUCCGGGUGAUAAAAUGUUCAGAUUUGUUCUCCUCCUCCAGCACACAAUGCCCACAUCUGUGCUUUCUGGAGCCGUUGCCAGUCUUAGAGGAUGUGGGAGGGAGGCAGCUGCUGUAUUAUUCUGGGUUCAUAUCUUCGCUGUUUUUUCAAUGACCGGAUGGAUCAUUCUCUAUCUCAACAUACUAUUUUGAAGUAGUACAGUUUUGGCACCAUGCCACGGCCAUCUCCUGCACUGUCGGCUGCAAUAUUUGGAGACAUCGACAGUACAGUCUCGACUUUUUACCUCCAAGAUAUUGUUAUAAGUUCAAGACAAACUGGGUUUUUCUCAGUUUCACAUACAAUGAGUAUGGAGGCAUAGAUCACUGGUUCAAAUUUAUAGCUCAUUGAGUGGCAACAGAUUUCAUUAUUUAAAAGCUUCUGUAAUAUACUUAUAUCUUUGCUUUAGUAUCAUGUGCAUCCUUAAUUUAUUGUCUUGAACA